UCAUAACAACCUCUCACCCUUCAGAGGGACGUUUACCUGAGCGCACCUUUCUCAGGAACGCAGAAUGAGCAGAAGCCCUCGUCGCCACUGAGUCGACUGCAUCUCGCUGCGCCCGCCGCACAGAGAAAGAAGUUUACAGAUCGCAGUCCCUGACCUCAGAACAGCCCACACCUCAGCCAGCAUCGAGCGCACCUGGAGGCAGAGGACGAGCUGCAGGCGUCCAUCAGGUGUUUCUGCUAACACAGGUUCAACAUCAACCUGCUCACUGAGCACAAAUCCACUCUGGAAACUUCGACAGCUCUGACGGUAAGGCAGGGCGGGGCUCUGCAGGUAAACAGAGACCAAUAAAACAGUUGUACCACAAGAGCCUACAAUACUAUCUGACGUGAUGACAUCAGAGGACCUCUUAAACACUCUGGAAGAUUUGGGAGAUGAAGAGUUUGAUAAAUUCAAGUGGUUCCUGCAGCAGGGUGAUAUCCUUCGGGGGCGCCCUGUCAUCAGAAAGAGCCGUCUGGAGACGUCAAAGCGACUGGAAACUGUGGACCUGAUGACACAAACCUAUGAACUCCCAGGAGCUUUGGAGGUGACCAAGGUGGUUUUAGAGAGAAUUAACAGAAAUGACCUGCUGCAGAGUUUUUCUGUCAGCAGCCCAACAACCGAAGUGCACAUCAAUGGUGGGAAGACUUCAAAGAAGAAAGGGGAUGAUGAAGAUGGUGGGAAGACCUCAAAGAAGAAAGGGGAUGACAAUGAUGGUGGGAAAACCACAAAAAAGAAAGAUGAUGAUGACAAUGGUGGUAAGACUUCAAAGAAAAAAGCGGAUGAUGAAGAUGGUGGGAAGACCUCAAAGAAGAAAGGGGAUGAUGAAGAUGGUGGGAAGACCUCAAAGAAGAAAGAUGAUGAUGACAGUGAUGGGAAGACUUCAAAGGAAAAAGUGGAUGAUGAAGAUGGUGGGAAGACUACGCAGAAGAAAGGAGAUGACGGCAGUGUUGGGAAGGCUAAAAAGAAGAAAGGACUUUUCUCCUCUAAGACUCAAGCUCCCACUUCUGACACCGAUGAUAUGGUGGUUCCAGUACCAGAGCCACAUCCCAUCACAUUUUACCAGCAGAUGCUUCAAUCAAACUUCCAGGAUAAAUUUUUGGGUGCAGAAGAAGAGUGGGCAAAAGACACACAGCAUCUGGCUGAUAUCUACACAGAGCUGUACAUCACAGCCAGGUCUGGCGCACAUUUCCACACACAGCAUGAGGUCCGAACGUUAGAAAAGGCAUGGAAGCCAGCAGAAGCAGAGAAAUCAAUUCAACCCACAGACAUGUUUGAACAUCCUUCUGGAGAAUCCAAACCCAUCAAAACAGUGAUGACCAAUGGAAUCGCAGGAAUUGGAAAAACUUUCCUUGUCCAGAAGUUUGUUUUGGACUGGGCUGAAAAAAGAUCCAAUCAAGAUGUGCAUCUGAUUUUCCCCUUCACCUUCCGUCAGCUGAAUCCACUGAAGGGAGAAAAGUUCAGUUUGGCAGAGCUCAUUCAUGAAUGCAUCCCAGAAACUGUAGGCAUCCCACAGGACGCUCUGAAUUACAUCUUUACAGAUGUUCAGUCAUCAGGAAUCACCAACUAUGACAAGAGUAAAUUCAAACUUCUGUUUGUGUUUGAUGGGCUGGAUGAGAGCCGCCUUCAUCUCGACCUUCAUUCUGAAGACAUUCGCUCUGUCGAUGUAACAAAGGCAACAGAAACAGAUGUCUUGCUGAGGAAACUCAUCAAUGGGAAACUGCUACGCUCUGCUCGCAUUUGGAUAACCACAAGGCCUGCGGCAGCCAAUCAGAUCCCUCAAGAGUUUAUAAACAGCAUCACAGAGGUCAGAGGGUUCACAGAGCCCCGGAAGGAGGAGUUUUUCAGGAAGAGAUUCAAAGAUGAGGAACAGGCCAACAGGAUUGUCUCCCACAUCAAAACAUCACGAAGUCUCCUUAUCAUGUGUAACAUCCCAGUCUUCUGCUGGAUCACUGCGACAGUUCUGGAAGAUGUGUUGAAAACCAGAGAGGGAGGAGAGCUGCCCAAGACUCUGACUGAGCUGUAUGCAGAGUUCCUGGUGUUUCAGAUAGAUCACACCAAAGAAAAGUAUGGCCCAGAGAAGAGCAUUCAAUACAUUAAGUCAUUAGCAAAACUGGCCUUUCAGCAGCUGGAAAAGGGCAACCUGAUCUUCUAUGAGAAGGAUCUGAGAGAGAGCGGCAUUGAUUUCGUCUCAGCACGUGGAGGAGUUUCCACACAGAUCUUUAAAGAGGAGCAAGGGAGGAAAGGGAAAGACAAGAUGUUCAGCUUCGUCCAUCUGAGUGUUCAGGAUUUUCUGGCUGCUUUUUAUGUGAAGAUGUCUCUAAUAAACAGCAACAAAAAUGUGAUGCCUUUACCACCACUGUCUCUGAAAAACCUUCGACUCCUUUUAAGCAAAACAUCUUUGAAGAAGAUUCACAGGAUUUCCAUUGACAGGACCUUAAAGAGUCCAAAUGGAAGCCUGGAUUUGUUCCUUCGCUUCCUUCUGGGUCUUUCACUGCAGACCAAUCAGGAGAAACUACAGAACCUGUUGAUCAAGACGGACAAUAACCCUCUGGCCAAUCAGAAAACAGCCCAGUACAUCAAGAAGAAGCUCAGUGAGAGUCUGUCUCCAGAGAGAAGCAUCAAUCUGUUCCACUGUCUGAAUGAGCUAAAUGAUUCUUCUCUAGUGGAGGAGAUCCAACAGUCCCUGAGAUCAAGAAGGCUCUCCACAGAAAAACUCUCUCUUGCUCAGUGGUCAGCUCUGGUCUUCAUCUUACUGUCAUCUGAAGAAGAUUUGGACGUGUUUGAUCUGAAGAAAUACUCAGUUUUUGCUUCAGAGGAUGCUUUUCUGAGACUGCUACCAAUAACAAAGGAAGCCAGCAAAGUUCUACUGAGUGCAUGCAAUCUGUCAAAGAGAAGUUGUUCAGCUCUAUCCUCAGUUCUCAGCUCUCAGCCAUCAAGCCUGCGAGAACUGGACCUGAGUAACAACGACCUGCAGGAUUCAGGAGUGAAGCUGUUGUCUAUUGGGCUGGGGAGUCCAAGCUGUAGACUGGAGAAACUCAACCUGUCAGGCUGUAUGAUCUCAGGGAAGGGCUGUACUUCUCUAGCCACAGCUUUGAGAGCCAACCCCUACCAUCUGAGUGAGCUGGACCUGAGCUACAACCAUCCAGGAGACACCGCCACCAAGCUGCUUUCUGCUGGAGUGGAGCAUCAACACUGGAAGCUUAAAACUCUCAGGCUGGAGCAUGGUGGAGAGCAGAGGAUGAAACCUGGUUUGAAGAAAUAUUUCUGCGAACUCACACUGGACACAAACACAGCCAACAGAAAUCUCAAGCUGUCCGACAACAACAGGAAGGUGACAGCAAUGUCAACGCAGCAGCCUUAUGCUCAGCACGCAGAGAGGUUCGACAUCUGCCUUCAGCUACUGUGUAAGCACGGUGUGACUGGUCGCUGUUACUGGGAGGUGGAGUGGAAAGGAGUGGUGGAUAUCGCAGUCAGUUAUAGAGGAAUCAGAAGGAGGGGAGACGGUGUCGACUGCAAGUUUGGAUGCAACCGUCAGUCGUGGAGUCUGAUGUGCUCUGAUGUUGAUCGCUACUCUGUGUGGCACAACAACACAGGGAAAGACAUCUCCUCCUCCUCCUUCUCCUCUGUCUCUAACAGAGCAGGAGUGUAUGUGGACUGGCCUGCGGGCACUCUGUCCUUCUACAGAAUCUGCUCUGGCUCAAAGACCCUCCUCCACACCUUCCACACCACAUUCACUGAACCCCUUUAUCCUGGGUUUGGGUUCUGCACAUUGUCGUUUGGUUCUUCUGUGUUUCUGAGUUCUCUGUAGAAACGAGAGUCUGGGCUUAUGUCGAAAAACGACUUGAUGUUUGACUCACUUUGAUGUGAAAUCAGUGCCUUUAUGCUCCGGACGGCUGAAUAUGUAGGCGUGUUCUUGUUAUCGUUGUUUCUCACUGACGUGUCUUUGAACUUGUGUUUUUUUGCUACGUUUAUAUGUUUUUGUAAAUCAGACCAGGUUCAUAAAUAACUUCCAUCUUCUGGACACAACUGGUCUUUGUGCUCACGAGCAACACCACCUACUGAUCCACCUGUGGACCCUCGUGCCCUGACCUGUUGUUACCAAAGAGACCACUGUAGACUUUUUCACACUGGUUCAGAUUCCCGGACCACAGCUGACCUUUGAACCUGCUGAUGUCCAGCAGGAUGCAUAUUAUUGUGCAUAAAUGGACACACUGUGACAUCAUCAUCACAUGAUAGUAAUCAGGCUUAAGACGGCUUGUAAGGAAGCAUUUAAUAUUUCAAUUUUUAUUUAUAUAGCGCCAAAUCACAACAACAGUCGCCUCAAGGUGCUUUAUACUGUAAGGUAGACCCUACAAUAAUACAUAGAGAGAAAAACUCAACAAUCAUGUGACCCCCUGUGAGC